UUGAGCAUACCGGUGAUCAGUCAUGAAGAUGGUGCAGGACCGGGCAACAUUUAGUUCUGUUGUAUGCGGGGUCAUCAUGAGUCGGAGCCACCUCAACUCAACUAACUACACCACCAUCUACUAGCAGGGUUGACCUAGGCACAUCUCUUACCUUCUCUGAACCUCUAUUUCUUCACCUCUAGAAAAGGAGAAGAGGUGGUUGUGAACAUACUUACCCUGGAGGACUAUUGGGAAAAUUAAUUGACCAAAAUAAUAUAAAAGCCUUACUUAGCAACAUACCUAACCCUGUAGGUGCCCAAUACAUGGGAAUGACCAUGGAUAAGAGUGAGCUGGUACAGAAAGCCAAACUUGCCGAACAGGCUGAGCGCUAUGAUGAUAUGGCUGCAGCCAUGAAGGCAGUCACGGAACAGGGGCAUGAACUCUCCAAUGAAGAGAGAAAUCUGCUCUCUGUUGCCUACAAGAACGUGGUAGGUGCCCGCCGCUCUUCCUGGCGUGUCAUCUCCAGCAUUGAACAGAAGACGGAGAGGAAUGAGAAGAAGCAGCAGAUGGGCAGACAAUACCGUGAGAGGAUAGAGGCGGAACUGCAGGACAUCUGCAAUGAUGUUCUGGAGCUGUUGGACAAGUAUCUUAUUCCUAAUGCUACACAACCAGAAAGUAAGGUGUUCUACUUGAAAAUGAAAGGAGAUUAUUUUAGAUAUCUGUCUGAGGUGGCCUCUGGAGACAAUAAACAAACCACUGUGUCGAACUCCCAGCAGGCUUACCAGGAAGCAUUUGAAAUUAGCAAGAAAGAAAUGCAGCCUACACACCCAAUUCGACUUGGCCUGGCACUAAAUUUCUCAGUCUUUUACUAUGAGAUUCUAAAUUCUCCUGAAAAGGCCUGCAGCCUGGCAAAAACGGCAUUUGAUGAAGCAAUUGCUGAAUUGGAUACACUGAACGAAGAGUCUUACAAAGACAGCACCCUGAUCAUGCAGCUACUUAGGGACAAUCUCACUCUGUGGACGUCGGAAAACCAGGGAGAUGAAGCAGACGCCGGGGAGGGAGAGAACUAAUAUCUACCGUGCUUCGUGAGCUGUUCGGUGUCACUCUGUACCUUCCACAUAUAUCCCUUUGUGCGAUAAAAAAAAAAAAAAAAAAAAAAAGAAUCAUAUGUCGAUUCUCGAUUUUUCACAGCCUCAGCCUAGAAAAAUGGUCCAUGGGAUAGAUAGCUGGUAUUUGUAUCUAAAACUCAGAUUGGUCACAUAAAUGCCACGGCAUUCUGAAGUUUUGAUUUUGAUUAACAUUGACAGGAUUACCGUGUGUUUAAUUUUUUUUUUUUUUUUAAACUGAACACUGUGAUUAUGGGGUUUUGUAACUUAGCAGAACUCUUACUGGUAGAAAAAACAGACCUGAAUUAUGUGUAACUUUUUGGGAUGCUUAAUCUGCUAUCAAACAGUCACUGAAAUACAAUUCCAUUGUAAAGUUGUACAGAAAGUUAUAGAGAUUAUAUUGUGACGCUGGGACUUGGAGUGAGACACCUAUCAUUUGGUAUUUGAGUUGGUAACUCAGUAAUUCUGCCUGUUGUUCAGGGCUUACAGACACUUGACCAGUCUGGGCUGUUGCCACUCACAAUCGCAGAUGUCCAUAGUGUCGUCUUCUGAGGAAACUCGAAGCCUGAAAUUGAAAUUCUUUGUGGCAGAUAACUGGGUUAUGACACCCUUCAAAGGUCCAGUGCUCACAUAACACACGUGACUAGACCCCUCUCCUACUGCACUGUGUUAUCGGUUUGCAACUUGUGCUUCAGUAGUGGAAACUUCUCCUUGUAACCACUGAGCUUAAAAAAAAAAAA